AUGCAUAUGCAACAAAAAAGUCAAGAAAAGUGGGCAGAAUUAACAGGUUUGUUAAAUAAUGAAGCAGGUCCGAAUAAAACGACUAAGGAGUGGAAAGAUAGUUUUCAUGAUUUGAAAACGAAUGUACGAAGGGCGGCACGAGAAAUUAAACAACAUCUCAAGGGAACAGGAGGAGGGCCUUCGCUUAAAAAAGACCUCACCGACAUCGAGGAGCGAAUACUCUCGCUAAUUAAUAAGAUAGUAAUAGAAGGUAUGCCAGAGUUACCAGAAGGCGGGAUUGAAGAGGGAAACUUCAGCUAUGUAAAUUACGAGGAAGAAAUCUUUGAGGAGGAACGAUACGAUCUCGAAAAUGAGGUGGCGUUAGCAACCGAAGAGUUUUUAACAAUACAUAAUGAAGAAGAACCUGCACGAAAGCGCAAGCAAAAUGACGCUGACGGCAACGGAGGGAAAAAAUUUAAAAAAACACAUAAUGAUAUAGCAGCUUUGGCUCACAGCCACGAGGAAUGUUUAUAUCGUUUAGCAACUAGCAACUUUGCAGUUGCUAAAUCGAAUAUUAGGUUGGCAAAUAGUAAAAUCAGAAGCCCGGUUUUAAAUUUAAAAUUUGAUUUUUAA